CGCGUKUUUCCAAAUCAAUUUAUUGGGAUACAAAGCAUUUGUAGUAGAUUACCUUUUGACCCUUCCGAUGCCACAAAUAUUCUGUAAGUCAAUACCAAUAUCUUGCUUAGUAGGAAAUAAUUAUAAUUUUUUUUUUGUAGUAUUCAAAAUCUAAUUGUUGCUAUUCUGGCUACAGCAAUCUAUUUAUAUUUUGUUUGUCGGGUUGGGUAUCUUCACAGCUCCAUGCUGGUUCUAUCUUGUACAUUUUCAACAACUGAACAUUUAUUUACAGCAAACAUCACACACAGCACGUGUCUUAUAUCUAGUGAUUUUACAUUAAUGCACCUUAAAUAUAGCCAAUGCCGUUUUCUUUUGCAUCUAAUAUACAUUUUUAUUUGCUUCGGCUUUAGCGUCAACGCCCAAAUAAGCAUUAUUAGCGAUAUUUUUGCAAACAUUUUCAUGUCAURGUUGAUAAUUAAAAUCAAUAUUUAGUUUUCUGAUUCUACACCCUAUUGAGAAUAUCGCCCGSAGGUMAUACUCCUGUCAAGGUAACGGCGUGUAUAACUACUCAUACACAAUGARAAAAGAGUCAUUAGUACUCUCAUGGACAUCUGCUUGAUUUAGUCAGUCGACACAAGGCACUCGGUUUAAUUGCUGAACUUGACACAGCGCGCAGUUGCUACAAAACACCCUAGGAUGAAUUAAUGUCCACAUUGCACUAAAAAAGCUUCACGGAUUAAGUGCGUGUUUACCUAUAAAAGGUCGUCCAAUAAUGAACAAUUCAUCAUCAACCUCRUCCCAGUCCCUCACACUUGAAGAGGUCCUCAGCCAGCCAAGGGUUGCUAUGGUUACAACCUUUUUGUUGCUCUUAACAGUGUUCAUCCUCAUUGGUAACUUCUUAGUAUUAUGGACUAUCUGUUCAACACGGAGGCUGUGGUUUUCGGCCUUCUACUUUGUUGCAAGCUUGGCCGUCUCGGAUUUUCUGGUCGGGGUACUAGUGCUKCCAAUCUCUUUAGCCUACCACUUGACAUAUGAAAUGUGUGGACAAUGGAUAUUUGGCACGUUCACGUGCAAGGCUUGGCUACUCGCUAACUUCUGGUUCUGCAGUGCGUCGGUUCUUAACCUUUGUUUAGUCAGUUGGGAUCGUUACGUAGCUGUGACGUCAUCUCUCCUCUACCAAUCGCGCAUGAGCGAUAAUCGGGUCCUGAAGAAGAUAGCUCUUUCGUGGGGAMUAAGUCUGUGUAUYGGKGYCAUUCUGGUGGCGGGUUUACAGCCCAAGACCAGCGAAAAUCCAAAUUGYAACGUCUUGAAUUCACACACAGUUGCGACUUUACUCGGCGCUGUGUUUGUGUUUAUUAUACCAGUAAUUUUAUUGGUGUUUGUCAAUGGUCGUAUCUGGAUCGUCGCUAGAGGCCAUACCAAACGCAUCCACGUUAAUGUCCAGGAACCUGGCCGCCUCACAGUCGAMAAAUCCAGGAAGAGYCAACAAUCCACAGAGCUGUCAGUACGCUCAAUAACAACUGGGAACAGYAAAGAAAGAAAGGGAUUCUCGUUAUCAAGGACUUUAAGACAAGAAAUUAAGACUUUUAAGACAUUUYURGUUGUAAUUGGUGCCUUUGUAGYUUGUUGGACGCCAUUUUAUACCAUGUUAGUGACGAGCUAUUUUCGUCCAAUACAUGGUCUGUUAUUUUACUUCACUAUUAUCUUAACGUACUGCAAUAGUGCCAUUAAUGUCCUCAUAUAUGCUAUCUUCAGUCGAGAUUUUAGAAAAGCCUUGAUUGACAGUGUCAAGUGUAGACAUAAACGAAACAAUUGUUGUUGUUGUUGACUUACAAGAAACUGUURACUCCAAAAUACUACCGUGUUUACUGAACAUAUUUGUACAUAUAUAUAGGAGAAGAUGACUAAUAAAGAAUAAGAAUAUCUAUGA